AUGUCUAGCUUCGAGCCAGAGGCCGCACGUGUGGGGAUUCGUGCCGGCCGUGCAGAUCGCGAAGAACCCCAAGACGAUGGCAGCAGCCACAACGGCACAAUCAGCAUUAGCAGCGCCAGCGUCAGCAGCAUCAACGGCAGCAGCGGCAGCAUCGAAAGCCCUUCAUCAUCAUCAUCAUCAGGUCUGCAUAGCGGACGCGGAAUAGACGAAGAAUCACCCGACAGUGCACAGCGGAAGCGCGAGCACUCAGACGGACCUGAGAGCCUUUCCAGCCUGAGCAGUUCCCAGCAGCAGCAGCAGCCACACAGCAUCAGCAGCGGCGACGAGGAUUCACAGACACCCCAGGUUGCUGUGGUUUCUGUGGAGGCGAGCUCUGUCUCUGCAGCAGGCAACCAGGAAGAAGAGGCCCUGCAAGCACCAUCAGCAGCAGCAGCAGAAGGAGAAGGAGUAGGAGACUCGCAAAACGAAGAGGAGGCAUCUCAACUAACAGAGUCAGAGUACAGCGAAGAUGACGACGACUCAGAACAGUGGGAGGAGGCAGUUAGCAGCGCGGAAGAGGGCAGCAUUCCCUUUGAAUCUGACGAUGGGUCAAGCAGCAGCAGCUCGGACUCCGAUAGCAGCGCAGAUACACCUAAUCCACCGGCAGCAGAAGCAGCAGCAGGAGACAGUGCAGCUGCAGAGACAGCGCAACAACUCGGCUGCUCACACUACCGCCGCAAAUGCAAAAUCGUAGCUCCUUGCUGCAAGGAGAUCUACUGGUGCAGACACUGCCACAAUGAAGCAUACGAAUCGGACCUAGUCAAGGCACAUGAAAUCGAUCGGCAUGCAGUGGAGGAGAUUGUCUGCGCUGUAUGCGAGACGCGGCAGUCUGUGUAUCACUGCGACGAGUGCGGCAUUUGCCGUUCUGGGGGCCGGGAGAAUUACUUUCACUGCCCAACUUGCGGCAGCUGCUACCCGCUGCAGCUGCAAAAUAAACACAAGUGUUUAGAAAAUGCAAUGCGCCGUCAGUGCCCUGUUUGUUUAGAAGACAUGUUCACCAGCCUCAGACAAAGCCAAGUCCUGCAGUGCGGCCACACCAUCCAUGCUGACUGUCUACGGCUGCUGCAAAAGCAAAAGGGCUUCCAGGCAAUACGCUGCCCCAUGUGCAGCAAGUCGAUAGCGGACUACAGUGCCUUUUGGCGUCAGCUGAGUGAAGAGAUAGAGAGAACGCCAUUAGAACAAGAAAUGCAACGAAAAGUUCGCGUUGCAUGCAACGACUGUUUAGAACGAUCAACGACGGACUUCCAUUUCUUGGGACUCAAGUGCAUGCACUGCAACAGCUUCAACACUCGGGAUGUGGCGGAAGACUGA